AUGAGUGUGUUGAAGCGCAGGUUCAACCCAGAGCAAACUUCUGACCAAAUUUACAAUACUGAAACUGGAUAUUGCUCGGUCGAGUUAUACAAUGCUUGCAAAGACAUCUACCGCGUAGCUCCUAGCUACAAGAUUCCCGUUCCGUUCCCCUGGGUCGUCAAGAAGGCUUCACAAGCUGGGCGUACGGUCUUUGAUCGCCUUGAGCAGCGUAUUCGAAACGUACUCGCAAGUCUCGCAAAGUGA